UCAUUUGUGCUUAAUUGUGUCAACGUCAACGUUUUCAAGAUGGCAAGCACGGUGAAUGAUAUCGUGACACAAGCGAAGGAAAAUCUUACCGAGUAUCAGAAUGCAACAACUGCGAGAGUACCGUCGACACCCGAGGGAAUGGCAAUUGCUUACGGUAGUCUCAUUAUUAUGGCUAUUUUACCGAUUUUUUUCGGUAGCUACCGUGCAGUCAGACAUCAUAAGGAACAGCAGCAACAGUAUAAAGCCAGUGGCGAACAACCUGACACGAUGUCUCGUAGAGAGGCUGCCAUGUUUCCUCUUAUCUCCAGCGUUACGUUAAUUGGCUUGUAUAUAUUGUAUAAGGUAUUUGCGAAAGAGUAUGUUAACCUAAUAUUGGCUGGAUAUUUUUUCUUCCUUGGCAUUUUAGCUUUGUGUCAUCUUACCAGCCCAUUGAUCUCAUCGUUGGUACCUGCUGCGAUUCCGAAAACACAAUAUCACAUCUUAUUUACCAAAGGAAAAGAUGAUAAGGAAGAGCAUAUAAUUAACUACAAAUUUAAUCUACAUGACAUUGUUUGUCUUGUAUGCUGUUCAUUCGUGGGUGCUUGGUAUCUUUUAAAAAAACAUUGGAUAGCUAACAACCUAUUUGGCAUAGCGUUUGCCAUAAAUGGAGUCGAAUUAUUACAUCUCAAUAAUGUCGUGACUGGAUGCAUUUUGCUCUGUGGUCUUUUAUUUUAUGAUGCCUUUUGGGUGUUUGGUACGGAUGUAAUGGUGACGGUAGCGAAAUCUUUUGAAGUGCCCAUUAAACUCGUCUUUCCGCAAGAUCUUUUAGAAAAGGGCUUGAGCGCCGGUAAUUUUGCCAUGCUGGGAUUGGGUGACAUUGUAUUGCCUGGCAUCUUUAUCGCGUUACUGCUGCGAUUUGAUAACAGUCUCAGUAGGAAGACAAAUGUCUACUUUUAUUCCACGUUCUUCGCAUACUUCAUGGGAUUACUCGCCACCAUGAUGAUCAUGCACUUAUUUAACCAUGCGCAACCUGCUUUAUUGUAUCUAGUACCCGCGUGUGUAGGCACACCGUUGCUCUUAGCAUUAGUCAAAGGUGAUCUCAAGGCACUGUUCUCAUAUGAAGAUCAUCCGUCGCAACCCACGAACGGAACGCAACAAUCGGAACAAACGCAAGUAGAAGCGAAAAAGGAUAAAUAAUACAUUAAUUAAUAACGCGAAAAAUAUAAUGAAGAUUCCACGAGACAUUAUUAUUAUCGCGCUAUGAUUUUCCGAAUUCUUGCGGAAGAAAAAAAGAAAAUAAAAAAUGAUUGUUUAUGGUUCAGGCUCAAGACGUACAAUUACGCAUUAUGAAGAAUACUAUAGCUUAUAAUUAUGUCUUGCAUGCACAUCAACUGCAAGGUAUAUAAUUCUGAAUACAAUUCUUAAAGUAGUUAAUACUCACGGAUAUCGUUCGCGGAAGAAAAACGAAAAAGAAAAAUUCAAUGAUAGGAAAUAUGAUUGUGAUAAUCAAGAAUGCCGUUUCGUUUGUAUGCAACAUUAAAGAGAAAUUUUUAUCACUCAUGUAUGGUAUCGAUGGUAACCAUUCUGAGAUACUGGAUGAAAAGGCACUCGUACUGAGAAGAUGUCAAACAAUAAUUUAGAGUUUUGUUGUUUCAUAGUGUAAAAUAGUAUAAAAAUACUUCCAACUCUUGAUUUAUAUUUUGUACAUAGUAAUGUGUACGAUAGACUACUAUAUAAAAGUUUGCCUGAGUUUUACAAUGCGUUUUACAUUCUAAAAAUUAAUUCAGAAUUAAGUUUCAAUUAUAUAUAAGUUUUUACUGUUAGAGUAAAUUCUCUUCGAGAUUUAUCUUUCUGAUUUCUACCAUGUGUGAGUGAUAAUCGUGAAAUGUGAAAAUGUAAAAAUGACCCUUUUUCUUUGCAAUGCAUUAAACGAAUUAAUAUGAA